AUGCCACAUAACUAUCCCACGCCAAAGAUAACCAUGUCUCACGUACAAAGCAGGCGGCCGCAUCGAGGUCGUGGGGACCAGCGACCCUGUGACGUGUGCCGAAAGCGCAAGGCGAGAUGCGUGGUCCGCGACGAUGGCGGCUGCGACCAAUGCAACAAAAUUCGGGUUGCCUGCACUUACGAUGAUCCGCCCAGAACAUAUAACCCAAAAGCCACGCAACCACCGAUGACCAAUGUGCGUGCUACUCCGUCACCAGUGGAUGUCGAGAACUUUGCAUGGGACGACAACCACGACGACGACGUCUUUCUGGGCAUGGGCGCCUUUCCGUCCGGCUUACAUGCAGAAGCAGCAGCAGCUUAUCCAAAUUUCCCCCUCGAUGUACCGCAGUUCGGUGCGCUGCUUGACCCCUUCCAAAACAAUGCAUUCCUGCUCGGCCCUUCCUCAGAUCCUGAUCCAUUCUUCCGUGGCCGAUAUGCAUUCGAUGCCACUGGCUCUCACCAAGCUACCCUCCGCAGGUAUCAGCGAGCUUCCGCAAGCAAUGACGCUUUGUUUGCCAUUACUCCCCAGCACAGGACAAUGAAGAUGGCGGAUACGACUACGAGUGCACCUAUCGAGCCCUUGGUUGAUGACCUCCUUCCGUUUACCGCUCGGCUGUACAAACUCUUUGACAAGUUUGUGUAUCCCGUCUUUCCCUUGCCCGUAAAGGAUAGCUGGCAGAGCAGCACAUCAACGCUCGGCGCUGCCGUCUGCGCCACGGCGCUGGGUUGGCGAGCGCACGACGCGACGCUCCCGUGGGCGCCUUUUGACAUUGCAACGCCCGUCGUCACGGAGACGCCCGCACCAGACGCAGACUGUCUGCACAACCCAUUCAACUCGUCCCUCCAGGCGGCCAUCACUUCGAUGGCCUUUUCCCUCGGCUUGCAUCGCAAUCCGGACACGUGGGAGACUAUCUCGGAGCCGCAGAAACAGAAGAGGAGAACGCUCUGGUGGCUGGUCUUUGUCGAGGACAGAUGGGUGUCGGCUGCUGCCGGAAAGCCCGUCACGAUUCGAGAGAAUGACUAUGACGUCGCGACACCGAUUUUUACUUUCACCGGCUCAUUUCUGGGAAUUCAUUUCGAAUACUUGUUGUCGCUGACGUUUAUUUUACAAGAUAUUCUGGACUCAUUAAUGCACUGGAGAUUUUGGUCUACACAAAACAUCAACAUCCCUGAGACUCUCAGCAAGGUCGGCGUCUUUCAAAAUCGACUUGAGGCCUGGAGGAACUCCAUUGGCGAGAACCCGGCUUUUCCCAGCGAGAGAGAGCCAGAGGGAUCUGCCUACGGUGUGUUGAUCGUUGCCCAUCUGUACUGCCACUUGCUCCUCCAAAAGACACUCAUCCGGGCGACAAGCGGCAGCGAAAAGUUUUCAGAAAGUUUCCAAUCGGCAUUGUCAUUUUCCUUGACCAUUUGCAAAGAAUUGAGCGGCUUGGGACUCUCCGACUUUACGUCGUUUUGGUUUUCUUGGUCACACUCACACUUUAAUGCAUUCUCCGAGUUUCUGCCGUACUUGAUUUCAGUCGCCCCAACGGCAGCGGAUCAGGCGUCGGCCAAAGAAUCAGCCGCAAGACUCCGGCAAUGGCUGUUCACGCAUGGCAAGUACAUCGACCUGGUGCGCGUGGCCAUGAGCCGACUUGAUUUAUGUCUGGCAGCGGUCGACUCCGGAAACGUCCGACUCGCGGAUGUAAAUAGCGACCAAUUGUAUACAUGA